CCUCAGUCAGCUGUCAGAGCGACGGAGAGAGGAGAGAGGCGAGAGCGAGGGGGAAACAAGGAAGAACAAAAAAAAAAAAACAAUCAGCGACGGACCACAGCCAAAAUGUCUAGCCUUUCCGACAAGUUCAGCGGCUACACUAUGACCCAACUCAACGAGAUCCUGGAGGACGACGAAAAACUCACAAAAAUGGUUCAGGAAAUGGACGAGAUGCGGGAGGUCCAACAGAGCAAAGAGGAGACGCUGGUGAACAACAGGACUUUGGCCGAGCAAAACUUGGCCCUUCAGCCCAAACUGGAGCAUCAAAAAGGGCAACUCACCAAGCGCUACAGCUGCCUACAGGAGCACUUUGAGUCCUACCAGCUCCGCAAGUCCACGCUCGACCAUAAAUCUGGCAACACAUCAUUGGACACACUUCUGGCUUUGCUUCAGGCUGAAGGAGCAAAGAUUGAGGAGGACACAGAGAACAUGGCCGACUGCUUCCUGGAUGGUGACAUGACCUUGGACUCAUUCAUUGACUCAUACCAGAGUCAGAGGAAACUGGCCCACUUGCGGAGAGUGAAAAUCGAGAAGCUCCAGGAGAUGGUUUUAAAAGGUGGGCGCUUACCCCAGGCCCCCGUGCCUGCGCCCCGCUCUCAGGACGUCCCUUUCCAGCACUCCACGCCCCUAACCCCGGAAGACAACAACAGCUCUCCGCUUGCCCAGGCCCGGAGAAAACCGCCCCCUCCCCCCUCUCAGCCUGCACCUGUUUUGAACCAAGCGCAACAGCCUUCAGUUUUCUAUACGCCCUCUCCGUAUCCGCCCAUCCCUCCUCGGACCGGCCAGCCUUUCCCAAGUGUCCAGGGCUAUCCUUUUCUGGCACAAUAUGCUCCAGCUCUACCCCAACGACCCCCUCCCAGACUGGCCCCGCAGCCCGGCUUCAUCAUGCAGUAACAAUGCAACUGCGCUGUUUGUUUUUUUUAAUCCCACCAAAAUGAGCGUGUGUUGUAUGCGCAAGGUUUUAAGGCAGGUGCAUCCGCUAACAAUCGGCUAGUGACGAUGAAGAGAUCAGGGUUGUGUUGACAAAUACAAAGAAUACAAAACAUUCUGGGAUGAGUGGGCAGAUGGUAAAACAUCGGUGGUGCAAUUUAGAAUGCAAAGUUGAAAUGGUUGUUUUCAGAUUCUUGAAUGUGAUGUUGUCUUUGAUCGGGACAGGAGACUAUUGACACUAGACAGCUGAUGUCAUCAACAUUCCCUGGGUGUAUGAUGGCACUGCUGUGUCUGGAGCGUUGUCACUCAAGAUUUUAAACACAAUGUGACCAGAAAGAACUGACUAAGUUAGAACUACAGCAGCAUUUAUGAAGUUAAAUAAGUCCCUUUCGGAUACAGUCACACGCUAGCAAGCAUUAUCCAACAGUUUUUCAAAAGUAUCGAGACACACCCACACAAGAAAUUACCCAACAGAAGACUCAAAAAUUAUGAAACAGACAAUAUAGUAACUGAACACUAACAAUAUUAAUUUUGCCUGCUCUCCUAUCUUAUUGCAACUACAGCUAUGUCCCACUUUUGUUACACAAAAUAUCAGUGUGUUUUUAGGGAGCUAACCCCAGUCUUACAAGUAAAAUAAGUUGAUACUCGGUCACUUCUUGGCAAUUUUGUUUGGACAUGGUGGCAUUAGUGAUGAUGCAAAUACAGAACCAGGUGAGGAGGUAGCCAAUUCAGUUUGCGCACCUGCUCCAGACUGGUAGAGAAACAGAAAAAUACUGGCCAAAUCACCAAGACUGGUUCAUUUUUACGACAUCUGAUGAAAUGGCGAGUAGUUGAUUAUAACAUUUGAUAUAAAAGCCGAUUGUUAGCGGGUUUAAGCGGUUGACCACAUGGGAAUGAGACUUGAAUCGGAAGAUAGGAUUUGCAUAGGGGGAUCUUUGUUUGCCUACCUGCCGACCUGCCUUUUUGGAACAUGGGACCAAGAACAGAAUGCAUUGGUCUAACUGGAAAUUUUGUUGGACUAUGUGUCAUUUCUACGCCAUAUAUAUCAAUGUAUCAACACUCCUCUGGCAAAUGCAUGACUAGUUCAGACUAAAAUAACAUACAGUGGGUUGAGAAAAUAUUCAUUCCCAAUUUAAUUAUUUCCAUUUCAGUAAGUAGUAGCUUGAAAGCUUCCAAAUUGUGUUUUUUAUACGUGACUAAUCAUUGGAAUUCAUCACAGAAAGAGAUGAUCAAUUUUUUUUUAUUUUAUCAGUUGGAACGUAAAAACACUAGAUACUCCUAACAUAUGCAAUAAAUACAUAAAAACAUAUUUUUGCAAAUAUUUCUCUCUCUCUAUAUAUAUAUAUAUAUGUAUAUAUAUAUAUUGCAGGUUAAUUGGUGUAGAUACUGAAUUUUAUGGAUUAAUUUUAGUAUCAGAUUGCAACACAAUACAAAAAUUAUGAGGGGAGUAUACUUUGAGCCCACUGUAUAUGAAGAAGGUUAUCAUGAAAUCUGUCUAAAAUGUGGGUUGCCAAGUUUGUACUAGUCUUUUAUCUGCACUUUUUUCUAUCCAGACAUUGAGGUAUGUUGUUUUUUAAUUGUUUAAACUUUGUGCCAAGUGUACACACAAUAAGGUAUUUUGUGAACUGACACUUUCUAUUUUGAAACUAUUUCCAACAUUGUAGACUAGUUUAAUGGCUAUUCAUUAAUUGAAACAAGGGAGUGUGUCCACUGAAAAGGAGGAAGUUCAAAUGUGCACUGCUGUUAUGUUGGGCAUCUGGUGUGAAAAUGUACCAUUUCACUAUCUCCAUAUGAUAUCAGUUUACAAAAUGAUCAAUGUGUAGAUUUGGCAUUUUCUUUUCAAUGUCUGGUGUAUAUAGGAUUUCUUUGUAACGCAAUUUUUAAAUGUAUAUGCAAGUCAAUGAGACCCGAAUUACUGUGCAGUUUAGAUGAACAUUUCCGGUUUUGACUUCAGGCGAAACUGCAUCUAUGCUGUGAUGUUUAGUUUGUAAUAUAAUUUCACACGGUACAUAGGUAUAUUUAAUGUCAACAUUAUUUUAUUAGACUAUAUUGUACUAAUGUUUUUAAUUUAAAGUACUCAAGAUAGACUGAUUAAACAUUUGAAACCGGAGGGAGCGCGCUUUCAAGAUGGCGGACUGGUCCAAUUCAACGAGGAGGUGGAAACUGACCCUUGUACUAGAAAGCCACAUGAAUAUUUGGUUCAAUAAAAUAAAUCAUGAAAUU